AUGCAAACCUACGGAGCGAAGUCGAGUUCUGGGUUCGGAACCUACGGCCAGUUGGUCUGGGUGAGUACUUGGCCCUAUUCCUUUAAAGUAUACUCAAAUUGGUUCAAAUUGGUCGGUCCGAUUCAGUGGAAUUUGAUAAAGAAAUCCUAUUCCUUCCAAGAACAGUUGGGCGUACACGCAAAAUCUCCCGAUUUCGAAGACUCAUCUCUAAUUUUUGCAUAAU